CCCUGAGCGCUGACCCCCCGCCCGCGAGCCCCGAGACCUCCGCUUCCUCGUGCGCCCCCCGCCCCCUGCGCUCGGGGCGGGGCUGCGUCACGUACCGGGAAGAAAGAGCCGGCGGCGCGCAGGGCGCACGGGGCGGAGCGGUCAUGGCAGCUCCGGAGCCGCUGUCCCCCGCGGGCGGCGCGGGCGAGGAGGCGCUGGACGAGGACGAGGACGAAGCAGAGGCCGAGGACCCCGAGCGGCCGGCGGGCGCGGGCGGGGGGCGCGGCGGUGGAGGCUCCGGCGGCGGCGGCGGCGGCACGGCCGGGUCUGGGGGCUGCAGCGGCGGCCUCGGGGGCGCGCUGACCCGGCGCGCGGUGACCCUGCGGGUGCUGCUGAAGGACGCGUUGCUGGAGCCCGGAUCGGGGGUCCUGUCCAUUUACUAUCUGGGGAAGAAGUUUGUGGGGGACCUGCAGCCGGACGGACGAAUCCUAUGGCAGGAAACGGGGCAGGUGUUCAACUCGCCCAGCGCCUGGGCCACCCACUGCAAGAAGCUGGUGAACCCCGCCAAGAAGUCGGGGUGCGGCUGGGCUUCGGUCAAGUACAAGGGCCAGAAACUGGACAGAUACAAGGCCGCGUGGCUGCGGCGCCACCAACUGCACGUGCCCCCGGCGGCUGCAGACGAGAGUCCGGCCAGUGAAGGGGAGGAGGAGGAGCUGCUGAUGGAGGAAGAGGAGGAGGAGGUGCUGGCGGGGGUCUCGGCGGAGGACAAGGGUCGCAGACCCCCGGGGAAGAGCCCCGGGGAAGCAGAGGCCACGCCCCCCGGCAAGCAGGUGGACAGCAAGAUGCGGGUGCCGGUCCACUACUGCACGCUGGGCAGCCGGGACUCGGCCAGGAACCCCCACACGCUGGUGGAAGUGACGUCCUUCGCAGCCAUCAACAAGUUCCAGCCCUUCAACGUGGCCGUUUCCAGCAACGUGCUGCUCCUGCUGGACUUCCACAGCCACCUGACGCGCAGUGAGGUCGUGGGCUACCUGGGCGGCCGCUGGGACAUCAACACGCAGAUGCUCACGGUGCUGAGGGCCUUCCCCUGCCGGAGCCGGCUCGGGGACGCGGACAACGCUGCCACCAUCGAGGAGGAGAUCUACCAGAGCCUCUUCCUGCGCGGCCUGGCGCUGGUGGGCUGGUACCACAGCCACCCGCACAGCCCGGCGGUGCCCUCGCUGCAGGACAUCGACUCCCAGAUGGAUUUCCAGCUGCGCCUGCAGGCUUCCAGCAACGGCUUCCAGCCCUGCCUGGCCCUGCUCUGCUCUCCCUAUUAUGCUGGCAACCCGGGGCCUGAGUCCAAGAUCUCGCCCUUCUGGGUGAUGCCUCCCCCCGAGCAAAGGCCUGGGGAUUACGGCAUCCCCAUGGACGUGGAGGUGGCCUACGUGCAGGACAGCUUUCUGACCAGUGACGUGCUCCAGGAGAUGAUGCUGCUGGCCGAGUUCUACAAGGGCGCCCCCGACCUUGUGCGGUUCCAGGAGCCCUGGAGCCAGGAGCACACGUACCGCGACAAGCUCAAGAUCUCGCUGGCCAGCCGGACGCCCACGGAGCAGGGCCUGGGCCACGUGCUGGAUCAGGUGCACGGGAUCCUGAGGCAAGGCAGCUGAGCGCCCAGGCCCCCAGAAUAAACCAAGGCAAGCAGCUCAG